AUGGCCAGCUUUCGGACACCAGCUAUACGCCAUGUUGUGUCUGGUGCAGCUCCUUAUCUGCGAGCAACACAACGGCGAUGGGCACAGGUUCACGAUAUCCGGUUCUUGGCCACUCAGCAGUCAGACGGGGUGCUAGAGAAAUACAAGGACAAGCUCGCAGAGAAGGCAAAAGAAGAAGGAUUACGGGACAUCAAUGAGUUGAAAGAAGUCUACAAAGACAAAAUCAAUCAUCUCAAGAAAAAAGCCACCUUAUCCAUUCCCCUCGGCCCUGGACCACCUCCACAGCCAUCCACAACCAAUUCGCCAUUCCCGCCGCCACCUGCUGCCCCGCAUACACCCACAGAGAAGCUUCCAUCAGCUAAACCUGGAAUAGAGACUCUUUCUUCAUUCCUGGACCUGGAGAAAACCCGCGCGAUGCCCCGUAAAGAGCUUGAAGCUAUCUGGCGCCUGCGUCAUGUCAACAAUCCACAGUCACUAUGCGCUGUCAUCCCAACAGAUGUCUACAACGUAUUACAAGCAACCGCGAAAAAGUUUCCAUAUUUCAUACUGCCCCUCCCCAAAGAAGGGCAAGGUGCCGAAAUCCACAUCCUGCAAUGGACAUUCCCAGCAGAGAACAUAGUGACGGUACUCUUUACCCAUCUUGCUGAAUAUAAAUUGAGAGGAGAGUACAGCGAACCACAUACAACGAUUACACACCAUUUGGAACUGUCACAGGAUAAGGGUGUAGUAUUGCUGCAAGGUCAGGUUGUGGAGGGGCGGGGCGUGAGCGUAGAUGAGGCCAAAUGGUUGGUUAUGUGUCUACAGAAGUUUUAUGGGGUCCAUGGAGAGAAGAGCGAGCGGAGGCGACUGUUAGAGCUGUUUGGUAAGGGAGAUCCUGCUUUUAAGGUGGAGGACUUGCUGGAAGAAGCCGAGAAAGUUAUUUGA